AUGCUUAUAAAGUCCUCUGAAGUCCAGAAGACUUGUGUUCUAUUACCUUUAUAUUCUGAUUUGGGAACAUGGAAUGAGACUCGGUCCACACAGUCACCGAGCUCUGAGUUUUCCCUGGGUGUGUUGGUGCUGCUGGCUUUCCUCAUGGUGUUGCUCGCUUUGGUCACCAUCCUUGGAAACGCCCUGGUGAUCCUGGCUUUCAUCACGGACGGAAGCCUCAGGCACCGGAGUAACUGUUACUUUCUCAAUCUUGCUAUUUCUGACUUUGCAGUAGGUGUAUUCUGCAUGCCUCUCUACAUCCCUUACAGCCUGACAGGGAAAUGGCACUUGGGAAGAGGCGUCUGCAAGCUCUGGCUAAUUAUGGACUAUUAUCUCCUGUGCACAGCUUCAGUAUUUAACAUUGUUCUUAUCAGCUAUGAUUGCUUUCUGUCAGUUACUAAAGCUGUAUCUUACAGAGCCCAGCAGGGAACAACGUCCAACCCUGUCAUCAAGGCCACCUGGGUCUUUGCUUUCCUCCUCUACUGCCCAGCAAUCCUCUUCUGGGAGCACGUGGCCGGACACAGCGUGGUACCAGCAGACCAGUGCUAUGCCGAGUUCUUCAACAACUGGCUCUUCCUCCUGUGUGCAUCCACCCUGGAGUUCUUUGUGCCGCUGCUCGUGGUGACCUACUUCAAUGUGCACAUCUUCCACAACAUCCAGAGGCGCCAGUGGCGUGUCAGCACACAGGACUGCGAGCGUCCGAGGACCAGCAGCCUGUCCUGGAGAUCUUGCCUUUUGCUGAGGCAAGAACAGUUUUCUCCUCCACUGGAAACAGAGGACACUGUUUCUUCCCCCAUAAGGCUAAAGAAAGAGUCUUUGGUAACUGAGAGCUCAUCUCCAACCAGAGGCAAUUCUGUAAUGCCAGAAAAUGACUUCUCUGUUUCUCUCUGCUCAAGGUCUGGUGCAGAACUGCAGCAGGACAAGAAAACAGCGAAGUCUCUUGCCAUAAUUGUGUGUGUAUUUGCCAUUUGCUGAGCCCCAUACAUUUUACUAAUGGUCAUUCAUGGGGCCUGCCAAGGAGAGUGCAUCCAUAAGUCCCUGUAUGAAACAACCUUUUGGCUUUUGUGGCUCAAUUCCUCUCUGAACCCAUUUCUCUACCCUCUUUGUCAUGUUAAAUUUCAAAUGGCUUUCAUGAAAAUACAUCCCCAAAAGUUUGUAACAUUGAGAUCAGGCUACUUUUAG